AUGGCGGAUUCUUUGAGUGUGGGGAUCAAUCUCGAUGCUUUUGCUCAUGCGAUUAACGCCAUUCAACAACUUCGCUCCAGUGUUACCCGCGUUUUUGAUACUCUCAAGGAUGGGAUGAAGAACAAAGAGACUUUGGAAGGCAGGGAGAAAGCCUUCAUCAGUGACUUUCAGGAGAACCUUCAUGCUGUCAACAGGGAUCUGAAUGAGUUGGAACGCUUGAGUAACUUGGUAGGCCGACCAUCAGAGAGUCAUCCGCUCCACAACAGUGGCUUAUUGAGUCUUGAUCCAGUGCAGGAUAAAACUCCCCUCUACAGCCAGCUUUUGCAGGCAUACAAGUGGUCUAACAAGCUCCAAUAUCAUGCUGGUCUAGCUUCCAGUCUGCUAAACCAACAGUCUCUGAAAAGAUCAGCUAUGCAGAUGGGUGUAUCUGCAAAACGCAGGCCAAAAGUUCAACCUACCACACUUGCUCUACCGCCUCAAUAUGUUGAUGAUGUUAUUGCACGGAUUGAUAGAAUGUUUCCUGACAUGUCCCUUCACUUAUCCAGACCAAAUGGUUCCUCUGCAGUGCUACUGGUUACACUUGGAAAGGUAUUAAAGGCAAUUGUUGUAAUGAGGAGUCUAUUCAUUGAUCGAACAAUCGUUAAGGCUUACAAUGAAAACGUCUACACAGAAGAUGGGAAGCUGGACAUUUGGUCCAAGUCUAAUUACCAAGUCUUUCAGAAGGUGACGGAUCAUGCCACUACAGCAUUGCUGCAUUACCAGCUGCCUCAAAUGCCAGACGUAGUGGUCAGGUCUUUCAUGACUUGGUUGCGAAGUUACAUUAAGUUAUUCCAGGCUACGUGUCAGCGGUGUGGAAAAUUUCUUCAGGAUGGACUGCCUCCCACGUGGAGGGACUUCCGCACGCUUGAGGCCUUUCAUGAUACUUGCAGGCAGUAACGUUUGGCUCCUGGUUCUAGUUGUUAAGGAUCACAUCAGGAAACAGUGAUGUGUACAUCACAGGAUUUGAAGACAUUGAUUUGACAUGCCUGGUUUAAGGAUUUUAAACUAUCUUCUGCAGAAUAGAAUGAUUCUUCCAACACCUUUGUAUUCAGGCAAAUUUAUUUUAUUAUAAAAGACCUCAAAGUGGUACGAAUGGUACUACAUACAGAUAGGGUAUGUAAAUCAUUAGAUUUAACAUUUUUAAGGGUAAAUUAAAAGUUUUAAAUCAUGGUUUACAUGUGUACAUUAGGACUUUUUUAAAUAAUACAUUUCCUUUUUAUUUCUG